AUGGAGGAAAGCCGUUCACUUGGAGACGAGAGCAACUGUGGCUCUUCGCCUUCCUUCUCCGCCACACCUUCCCAUCCUUCGUGCCCGUCUUCGUCUGCGACGAGUGUGUCGCAAAGUGAGCGAGAUGAGUCCGCGAGAGAGCCCGCAACUUCCUCGCUCUCUGAGGCCUCCGGCGGGGCCUCUUCUUCGAACCCCUCACCCUCUCUGUCCUCCUCCACGCAGUCCCCAUCUCCCGUCUCCGCUUCCUCGUCUUCUGCAUCUUGUGCCUACUACUCGAGUUACGGAGAUCCCUCGGUGCACAGUUACAUGCUGCGCGACGGGCCGCGAACUUCGGCGUAUCAUCGGGCGAUCGCGGAAAACAGGCGCGUUUUGCGGAAUGCAGUGGUGAUGGACGUGGGAGCCGGGAGCGGCAUCCUUUCGCUCUUUGCCGCUCGCGACGGCGGCGCGAAGCGCGUGUAUGCGUUGGAGCCGAGCGACGCGUUUUGGCUGCUCCAGGAGAUCGUGGAGGUGAACAAUUUGCAGUCCGUCGUCCUCCCCGUCCACGCGACUGUCGAGGAACUGAUCGAUGCAGCCCGAAUGUUCCGAGCGCUGAAGCAGCUUCACGCGGACGCUCGCGGGCCGAGGCCCGCAGCGUCAGACAGAGAAAAGGCAAAGACUGGAGCCAAGCACGCGACGAGCCGGGAAGAAGGACAGGUCCAGGACGCGAAGAAGGAACCAAACGAGGAGGCGUUGAGCGACUUGGAAGCGUUGAUGGCCAGAGACGGCGUCCGCGCGUUCCUUGAGGAGAUGGAGGCAAGCGGGCUGUGUGAGAAUGGAAAGGACAGCGCCUGUCGCUUCGUCGACGCAAUUGUCUCCGAAUGGAUGGGGUUUUACCUGCUGCACGAAGGCAUGCUGGACUCGGUGUUGAAGGCGCGGGACGUCUUUCUGCGUCCGGGCGGACGCCUCUUCCCCUCGCGUGCCCGGCUCCGCCUCGCCCUCGCGGACUGCUCCGAGUAUUGGGCGAGUCGUUUGCAGUGCUUCACGGAUUUCCACGGCUUCAAUUUCACGCCGCUCCAGCAGCGACUCCUCGCGCAGAUGCAGGCAGGCAAGCAGCCGCUGUUGGUGCAGCUGAAGCCUUCGCAGUGCGCAGCCAGUGCUCCUGCGCUGCUCUUCGACUGGGAUCUCGCGGAGCUUCCCGUCGCCGCGCUCCAGGCGAUGGUCCUCGACGCGCGCCUGACAGCCACCCGCCAGACCCCCGUGCAUGCAUUCGCCAUCUGGUUCGAGUGUCUCUUCCCUCAGUGCGAAGCGGGAGGGGAAACGCUCGGAGGGCGAGGCGAAGCUGCAGCGGAAGAGAGCGAGGCAGACGGCCAAGAGGCGAGGACGAACGGGAGCGCGACGAGCGGCGAAGCACGUCCAGAGUGCGCGGAGUGCUCGACGGUUUUGCGAAAGUGCCGCCAGGCCUUUUCCGUGGAGGCAGAGAGGCGAAGAGAGGCGGGAGGUGCGGAGGCAACCGAGGGUGAGAAGACACGCGUGGGGGCUAAGGCCGUAGAGAGGACCGCAGAAAACAGACGGGAAGAGAACGGCGCUGGAAAGGGCGAAGGGAACAGGGAGGAGGCCUGCGCGGUUCGGAGAGACGAAGGCGUGCUGCUCGACACAGGGCCCUUCAGCGACGAGACGCACUGGAAGCAAACUGUCGUUCUCCUCCCGCAGGCGAUGGAACUAACACCGGGUCUGAGUCUGACGUGCCAAGUUCACCUGAGAAAGGCACACGCGCGAGCGAGAGCGUACGAGGUGGAGAUUGAGGUUGUCGAUGCGGAAAUGGAGGAAGGCGAGCAAGAGGAAGGUGAAGCGGAUGCGCCAGGCGGGCAGAAGUGA